AUGGAGGAGUCUGUCCCUGAUACUCCCAGCCUCCGCAAGGAUGUUGACGACGCAGAAACCGUCGCGACUGUCCUGAUUGCGCCCAGGACGCAACAAACACCCCUUUCCCAGCGCUUCACCCAGCCGACCCAAAUUAUUGACCGCACUCCGAUUGAACCCAAGUCAGUCGUCCAAGUUGCUGCUUCGUCGCCCGCAGGACCUGCUUCGUCUCCUCUUAGACCUCACGGCGGCGGCGUACUGGCAAAUUUGUUGGCCCCGAGUGGCACGCAAUUUCGUCCUCCCACAAACCCGCGCAUACAGAAACGAGCGCCGGUACUAAGCGACGACGAAGGUCCGAAUUACGCUGGUGGCUCGUCCGAUGAAGACGAGUUGGCCAUUGCGACUAAUAUUAAGCCACGCAUCCUGUCGAAACCUCCUUCAAAAAGUCCAGAAAAGAUAAUGGAGUCGCCAAUUGCGAAUAAAGAGAGCUCUGGAGCUUUCAAGGACCUUACAGCUCGAUUCGCGUACCAGCCUAAUAAUAAGAGAUCCAGUGAGCAUCUUCAGUCGCUCGAUCGCGACUCGUCGAAAAAGUUAAAACAAACGACGAUAUCACGCGCCAUCCCUGUGGAUGACGACGAGGGCUUUGGUGACAUCAAGACCAUUGAAGAUAUCGAGGAUUACCGUAUGCGGAAUUUUGUUACGCGCUUAUUAGUUUUGUUUCCUUCGCUCACAAUCCAAGAAGGCUUGAAAGCCUUCUCUCAGAACGGAGGCAAUCUGGAUCGCGCGUCUGAGCAGAUCGCAAGACAGGAAGAUCUCGACAAAGCCAGCUCACCAGAUGAGCUUGAGCUGGCUACGACUACACAACCUCGUGAACGGAUGAAUAUGGCGAAGCAGAACAUCAAGUCGAAGCAAAAGAUUCUUCAGAAGUACACGGCCAAUGUACAAAGAAAAGACGUCGCGGAGGAUGACUCGAAACCAAAGGGUAGGCGCUUGAUGCGCGGUCCUCGACCCGGUGCUACUUCUUCAGAAGCCUCGCCGGCUCCUGAAAUUGCAAAGCCUAAAGGUCGUCUCAUUCGGAGGAAAGACCUCAAACGAGAGCCUUCACCUGAGGAGGAGAGUAUGGCAUCCGAAUCCGAGUCUGAAGCCAGCCCCGUAGAGGACGAUAGUGAGAUUGAGAAGAAGGUUCUUAAGUUCAUAAAUACGUGCACCGUCCCAGCUCUCGCCGACCUUGCUGCUACGCCUGAAGCAAUCGCUACAAUCAUUAUCGAUGCGCGUCCCUUCCGCACGCUUAACGCCGUUCGAGCCGUAACAGAGGCUACCGAAGAGACUGCCGGUUCAAAGAAAUCCCGAAGACCAAAGAAGCCUAUUGGCGACAAGGUUGUUGACAAGGCGAUCGAAAUGAUGAAAGGUUACCAGGCGUGUGAUGCACUAGUGGCUCAUUGCGAAAGCCUAGGAAAGCCCUUGGCCGCAGAAAUGAAGCAAUGGGGUAUCGAUAUGUUUGGAAACAAGGGCAAUGGCGAGUUAGAUUUGGUCAGUUUGGAGCACGAUUCUGGGAUUGGCACGCCAACAACAGAUGAUGGUGACGACGUUGUGGCCCAUGGGGGGCGAAAGUCUCGUUUCGUAUCCCAACCAUCAAUUAUUUCGUCAGAUUGGACUUUGAAGAACUAUCAGAUUGUGGGAAUCAAUUGGUUGUCCUUGCUAUUCCACAAGAAGCUUAGCUGUAUUCUUGCGGACGACAUGGGCUUAGGAAAGACAUUCCAAGUCAUUGCAUUUCUCGCUCACUUGUUUGAGCAAGGUAUCACUGGCCCUCACCUUAUCGUCGUGCCAGCUUCCACAAUCGAGAAUUGGCUGCGCGAGUUUAACAAAUUCUGUCCUUCGCUGAAUGUUAUGCCAUACUAUGCCAAACAACAAGAACGUGCUGAGAUUCGACUCGCCAUUGAAGACGAUAUUGAGAAUGUGAAUGUCAUCAUCACUACCUAUACCGUAGCAAAGGCGAAAGAUGAUUCACGAUUCUUGAGAAAUCUUGGGUUCUGUGUUUGCGUAUUUGAUGAAGGACAUGUUUUGAAAAACAGUGAAUCGAAGAUCUACGAUCAGCUAGUCAGGAUCCCUGCAGAGUUUCGGUUAUUGCUUACUGGAACUCCAUUGCAAAAUAAUCUUCAGGAGCUCGUCUCGUUACUUGGAUUCAUGUUACCCGAUGUGUUCAACAAGCACAAGGAGGAUUUGCAGACAAUCUUCACGCAAAAGGCCAAGGCCACAGAUACUGCGGAACAUGCUGCACUCUUAUCGGCCCAGCGAAUUGCACGUGCCAGGUCCAUGAUUUCACCAUUCGUGCUUCGACGGAAGAAACACCAAGUCAUUGAUCUUCCAGCAAAGAUCUCGCGGGUCGAGUAUUGCGAAAUGAAUGAAACACAAAAGGAAAUCUAUCAAGAAGAAAAUGAAGAAGUACGCAAGCUUCUUCUUGACCGUGCUGCGGGCAUUAAGACAGGGAACAAAUCAGCACAUAUUUUGAUGAAACUACGGUUUUCAGCGAUCCAUCCGCUCUUGAAACGCCGACUUUACAAUGAAAAGAUCCUUGCCAAGAUGUCCAAAGCUUGCUUGAAAGAGGAACAGUGGUCUCUUUCCGAUCCAAAUAUCAUCUUCGAGGAGCUUCAACCUUACAACGAUUUCGAAUGUCAUUCAAUGUGUGUCAAACACCCCAAAUCACUUGGUCAGUUCGCAUUGAAAAACCAAGAAUGGAUGAACUCUGGAAAGGUCGAUAAGCUUUGUGAACUUCUGAAGAAGUUCAAAGAGAACGGUGACCGAACCCUCAUCUUCUCGCAAUUCACUCUUGUCAUGGACAUUUUGGAGUACGUCCUUGAAACAAUCAAUAUGCGCUUCUUUCGUCUUGACGGCCGCACCAAUGUCGAAGAUCGUCAAUCAAUUUUGGACGCAUUCUACGAACAGACGGAAAUCCCUGUCUUUAUGUUGUCCACCAAAGCCGGAGGUGCAGGCAUCAACCUAGCAUGCGCCAACAAGGUCAUCAUUUUCGAUUCCAGCUUCAAUCCGCAGGAAGAUGUGCAGGCCGAGAAUCGCGCACACCGCGUGGGCCAGACUAGGGAGGUCGAGGUGAUUCGACUUGUGACCAAGGGUACUAUUGAGGAACAAAUUUAUGCAUUGGGACAGACGAAAUUGACACUUGAUCAGCGGGUUGUUGGCGAUGAUCUCUCGGAUUCCAAGCGUAGUGAGGAGGUUGGCAUGAAGGUAGUAGAGGACAUGAUGGCAGCCGAUCUGAAGUAG